UCUCGGGUCCCGCCUCACGAAUGACAACAAAUAAACGACCACUGUUUGCAACGAUCGUGACGAAACAGAUUGGAAAUCGAUGGCAUUUUCUUAAUUAGAAGUGUAUUUUGACUGAGACGUUUUGGUGGCUGAUUUGACCUGCUGCAGAUUGAGUGCAUGGAUUGAUUGAUAUCAAGAUGGAUGACAUGGAUGGGUCAUCAGAAGGGGAUGAGUACUUCCAAGAGAUAGCCAGGGGAGCUGAGGAAAGUCUCAUACCACUGCAGGAAGACCUGGCCGAAUGGCUGACACGGGUACUUGGGGAGAAAACCACAACCACCGGUUUGAUGGACUCAAUAGCCAAUGGUGUACUUUUAUGCAAAUUAGCCCAGCUCAUUCAGGACAAGGCAGUAGAGUGUCAGCGAGCUGGGAAAGCCAUAGGGAAAAUGCCUUCCAAAAAGAUCAAGUACCGACAGAAUGCUGUCGCCGCGUCCUUCUUUGCCCGAGACAAUGUAGCCACUUUUCUGUCCUGGUGCCGAGGUAUUGGGCUUGAAGAUACGUGCCUAUUCGAAACUGAGGGCUUGGUGCUACAGAAAACUCCCCAGAAUGUGCUGGUGUGUCUCUACGAGCUAGCAAGGCUGGCAGGAAGAUACGGCAUCGAUCCUCCAGGGCUGGUCAAACUGGAGAAGGAAAUUGAGAAAGAGCAGCAGAAUCCACGACCAGCCUCAGCAGUCACUAAGAAGAAGGCUGCUAGCUUGCUGGAUACUGAGGUGAUGAAUGUCGCAAAGCAAUGUGAUUUUGGUUUAGACAUCAGAAGGGUGUCUGAAGGAAGGUAUAACAUCGGUGGCAAGAUGGUCUUCAUUAGGAUGUUACGAGGGCGUCACGUGAUGGUGCGGGUGGGCGGGGGCUGGGAUACCUUGGAACACUUCCUGCAACGACAUGAGGCUUCCAAGAUCACCAGGGUCAGUCGGGGGAGCAUCACCACCGAGUCGGGGGAAGCUGUGCCUGAUGACUUCUUUGUUGUCGAAGCCAAGUACAAGAGUGAUGGGAGAAGCUGAUGGGAGAGGUAGGGUAACUCUAAGGGGGAAAAUGGGGUUGGGGUUGGAAUCAAUCGAACUCUGAUCAGCAGAUUCUAAGAUUUUUUUUUUUAAAUGUGAAGCUUCUCAACCAAAACAAGAUGUCUUAAUCACAUCAAUGCUCAGGUGACGAAAUAAUGCUUUCAAGCUAAUAAAUAGGCAAUGUGCUGCCAGAGGUGUUUUUUUUAAAUUUUUGUUUUUAAAAAUAAUCUCGAAAUGUGUAUUCCGAGCCCAAGAGUUGCAAGCAGGCAUUUUUCAUCUGAUGUUGCAGCUGUGUUUAUUUUUUAACUAAAAAAUUUAAGCACUAUAAACAAGGCCGCAGACUUCAUGUUAGAUAUCCAGGCCACUAAAAUGUAAUUUUGGCUUUAAACUAAAAACCAAGCUAAACUUGGCUUUAUAAAUAUUAAGAUAAUAUUAAGAGCAAAGUUCAGAGAGACGAGAACUAAACAUGGUCCUGCAAAAAUAUUUGCAAAAGCUGUAUAUGAAAAAAAAAGCUCUAGCUACAAAAAAAUCAAACGUAAUAAACAUCAGUCUAAGGCCCUCUUUGCAAGAAAAUGUAUCGAGUUCCAAUUAUUAAAUCUUAAAAAUGUACUUCCAUUUAACCUUAUAAAAUAUGCAAAUUGAAGCAUGUAUAUUAAAAAUUACAAAUUACAGACUGCCUUGAUUUGGACCAUAAAAUGGUCGGCAUAAAAAAAAAAAGUUGUCAUAAAUUGUUUAUUCCAAGCUAAAUUCUGCAUACUUCCAAAACUUUUUUAACAAUUUAAUAACAGGACAAAGUUGGAAUAUUUUACAAACACCAGUUUGCCUACAUUUUCAUCUUGAGUAUCUUUUUUGUAGGUAAUGUGUGAUUUGUGAAAAGGGGCAAUUUGGUCGUCUACUUGUCACCAAUAAUUGGGAAUUUUGAGUCCGUAUUUUUAGUGGUGUGAUCCAUACAAUGUUAUGUCAUAAACAUACAUGUUUUUAGUUAUUUCAAGUACAAAGUUUUAACUAUGAUUCCCUAAGUUGACUGGAAAUAACAGUCAAUGCAGUUUUCCAUUCCAGUUUAACCAUUUUUGAAUUUCUUUUUAAACAUUUAAAGAAAAAAAUAAGAGUUGUUUUAUUUCUGGUGAAGAGUUCUUGAAAUUAUUUAUUAUUUAUUUAAUAGAAACACAUGUAUUCUCUUGAAAAGUCGGAUUAUUAACCACUAAUUUUUACAAAUUUUAUAUUGAUGUUUCUUGUUUUGGAGUAUUCAAAUUGAGAAAAAGUCUAAAUCAUUUAAGAGUAUGUAAAACUUUUAUGUUGAACUUUUUAUUUGAAAACAAAAGCAAAUAAUGACUUUUAGUUGUUUUGGAAAACAAAAGCAAAUAAUGUGGACGUAUUUAUCUCAUUUCCGUCCAGUUAACGCACACCGAGGAACCCACCCACUUUGUCCACUACAUUCCAUAUCCUACUUGCUAAAGACUUUGUGCUCUAUAAGUUUAACAUGUGUAAAAAAUUAUCAAUGCAGUCUGCUCCUAGCAUGCUUAGAGAAGUGAUUAUCUUUCCUUAAGUCUCUGAACUAAAAGUUAGAAUUUUGUUGACAACUGAGACACAGUAUUUAGUCAGUAUUCACCAUUUUAGAAAGUUUUCGUUUCCUUUCUUACUAAAGAGCUCUUUUUAUUCAUUUUCAGACAUACCAAUUUUUAAUUUUGUGGUUUUUUUUUAAUAUAUCAGAAAUAGUUCUUGCCAUGUACAGGGUGUCCCAAGAAAAACCGAACCCUCAAAGCGCCCUCUUUUUCACAGCUUUAAAACACAUACAUCUCAAAUAUCGAUACAUAUUUGGAGACUAUAGUUCGUUAGCUUUUCAACAAUGAGAAAUUCUUUCCAUUCGGGUAAAUUAUAUAACCAAUUAGUCAUAGCCAAUUCAAAAAGGUGCCCAUUUUCCAUGUUGUCCAUGAUCUUGUUAGGAAUGUAAUGGAUUUGGGGUGACGGUAGUUUUGCUUUCUUUAAUUUUUUAAUCUUUCUUUCUAUAUUUGGUUCUUUUUUAUUUUUCACUUCUUGCAACAAGUCCUGAAAAAACUAUUUGGUUAACGUCUUAGAUGUUUACUGUUCUGCUCUGCCCUCUACUUGCCUCUUUCAGUCGGAUGCAAGUUUCGGCCGGUGUUCUUAUUGCAGCAGUCAAAUAUCAGACACUUGUGGGCAAAAAGGAAACAGCGGCACUUGUUUUCAAUUGGCCAUUACUCAAUAAAUAUUUACCUGAUUGGAAAGAUUUUGUCAUUGUUGAAAAGCUGAUGAACUAUUCUCUCCAAAUAUGUAUUGAUAUUUGCGAUGUAUUUUUUUAAAAGCUGUAAAAAAAAAAAGGCGCUUUGAUUUUUUUGUUUACACCUUGUAGUUAACCUUUAUGGUAUAACAGUCGAUUCUUUUGGUGUACUGCUCUCUUUUUUAGACAAUGAACAAAACAUCACUGUUAUUGUGCCCGUGCAACUUGUACAUGAGCAUGGUACCAGCAAGGUAAUGGCUUUAAAUACACUGAUCCAUAAAAACCCUGCCCCAUGGUGAUUUUUGACCUUUUACAGCCGUUAUUAAUGUCCGAUGUGCAUGCAUGUGCGUAUCAUGCAUGUGACUGCAACAGGCAGUUUUGUUUCCCAUGUGCUCGGUGCACCGGGUAUAAUAGAUCAGUCUGUGAUGGUAUACAAAUAAUGGAUGGUUUAUGAGUGCAAUGGUAAGAAUAAUUUCAUGAGUUGACAGAUUCGCCUCGUGAAAUGGAACAUUCCAUCUGUCAUCAAAAGAAAUUAUUCUUUUUGUGGUGCAGCCGCGCCUUGUGUUGGGUUGGAUAAGUCAAUGCCACGUGAUCAACGACUUACCAAUCAGCGAUGACUGGUAUUUAUUCAGGUGUUGUGUAAUUCUAAAUGGACAUCAAAAUUCCGAAAGACCUUUUUCUGACAUAGUGAAUUUUGUUCACAGCAUCAUAAAUUUCUGGCUUAAUUUUGGCAGUAAAAAUCUGAAAUCAACUUGUUUUACUUUUAUUCUGUUGUAAAUUUGUUUCCUGUUAUUUACAUAUCUGUUGUUGUGUGUGUAAUCUGCUAUGAUAUUCCAUAUGGUGUAUAUGAUCGUUAACCUUUGAUUUGUAUUCGCAGUAAUUGUAUUCAGUAUAAUUUGAUUGCUAAAUAUAUAUGAUUUGAACGUGAAUUACAGAAUUGUUUGUAUAUUUUAGGUUGUAUUCAGAUGCUUUUUAGCUCGAGAGUUUUAUCCCAUCUGUGUUCUGUUGAUAUUCUUGUGUAAAUGUUGUGUUAUCAAUUCAUGUGAUUUAUAUUUUACCAGUGUGAUAUUCAUUGCCGAUUUGAAUUUGAAUUGUUUAACUUCUAUAGACUCAAUUUUGUGGCGUCACACUAAAUGCAUAUGUCUACAUGUACAUGUACAGUCGACUCUCGUUAAUACAAACACUGUUAAUACAAAUUCUGGUUAUCGCAACCAUAAAGCCUUGGUCCCAACUGUGCGUUUAUGUGCACAAUAGAUGGGAUCGGCACUCCACUCAAUACAAAAUGCUGACAUGAACAUUUUAGCUAGGUCCGGCCGAGUUUGUACUAACAAGAUUUGACUGUAUAUUACUUUUGGUGUGCUGCAUUACUGCUCAGUUUGAUGCAACUAUGAAGACUCCACUAUUGUGAAAUUUAGUUCUGUGGGGCCGUCAGAUAAUCUCAGAAUAAGAGUGACGUUUCAAAGAGGUGAUUUAUUGAUAAUUUUAUUCUGUUGGCAUUUUUACUCACUAUGAGCCUUCCUACCCACUCUGAGUUUCCGGAUUCUCAAGCUAGUUUAUAUUGGGCAUUUUAAACUUUUCAUUCUGCCAAAUAUUUAUAUACCUUGCACACAUAAGUUGAAUUGAGUCAGUCUAUUUUUGAGGUGCAUGUAUUUGCUAUAAACUAAGCGACUUGUGUUCAAGACAGUUUUAAUUAAAGAAAUGACUUGCAAGUCA